CCAUGGGAAGCAUGGAUAUCAGCCUCCACGCACAACACCAUGAUUGAUUACUGGCAUUACGCGGGCAACUGCACAUACGCCAACCAGACCGCGAGUGGCAUUAUAUCUCAAGCAGGUCCUGACAAUGAUUUCAGCGCCGUCAGUCCUGGCAACGACGACGCUCUUUGGUGGGGCUUGACAUGUAUUAGCGCAGCAGAGUAUGGUUUUCCUGUGCCCGAGGAAGGACCCUCCACAGAUUGGCUCUGCUUGGCGAAGAACGUUUUCGGUUCUGUGAUUUCGCGAUGGCAACCAGAUAUGUGUGGACCUGGCAAGGGAGGAAUAGGAUGGCAAGUCAGUACCACUAGCUCGGGUCACGAAUAUAAGAAUGCCAUCACACAGGGACUGGCAUUCCAGCUAGCUGCACGCCUAGCUGCCAUCACGAAAGAACGCCAAUACGAAGUUUGGGCCAACAAAAUCUUCGACGUUUCACUCCAGGCUGGCCUGAUCGACAAUGCCACUUAUCAAGUAAGCGAUGGCGUCCACGCUCCGGGUUGCAGUGACGUGGGCGACGAGAGAUGGUCAUACAACGUUGCUGUAUUCAUGUAUGGUGCUGCAGUCAUGCAUCGGCAUACAUGUUCUCGGUCGUGGACAGCGCGGUCCAAUUUCGCCGAAAAUAGUUCGCACAUCUUGUACGAACAACGCUGCGAGGAUAGCGGAACAUGCAACACAGACCAGCAGACUUUCAAGGCAUAUCUCGCAAGAUGGAUGGGUAUGACCGCGACGCUGCUGCCGGAGACCAGAGACCGUAUUAUGGAGGUGUUGAACGCGAGUGCCAAGGCUGCGAUCGAGGUCGUGAAUGCAGGGCCUCACAAGAAUGUUGCGAGCUUGAAGUGGACGGAAGGUCGUGCGGGAUAUAACGAGAGCAGUGUGGGCGUCGGGGCGCAGUUGGGAGUGGUGGAAGUGGUG